AUGACUGCUGAUGACACCUUCAUCGUGACACCUGUACCAUGGGCUUUGAUGCUGGAUUAUGAGCGUGUAGAUGUUGUUCUACAGCUAUGUAGACAAUUUUCUUUUUUCAGUUCCGAUAAAUUGACUCUAGCUGAACGUGAGGAAGUUGUUUCUACUGUUGGUAUGAAAGGUGAAUGUCUGCAAUAUCUCAUAAUCUAUGGAUCAGUUGGAAAUGCUCGAAAGGAUGCGUUCUUAAAACUUCUUCGUUUAGCACGUUUAACUCUUGUCCAGGAUAUGGCUUCUCAAGUAGUAGUUUCUCCGCAUGUAGGUGAUGUUCUUCCAAACGCAAUGUUAUACCCCUUAUGGGAUUCGAAACAAGCAAGGUGUUUUCGAAAAUGGAAUUCCAUUUAUUGGGCAAUGCGAUGUGGUCUUCUUAGAAAGAUAAAGAGAAGACGUGAGUUGAUGCAAUCACAUGUAGAACAAAUAUUAAGUAUGAAACCUGAAGAUGAAGUAGUUUGUCCUGGUAAUGAAAAUAAGGAAAUUAAAUUUUUUCACGAAGAAACUUUCUACAAUGCUUUUCGAAAUCUUCUAGAUGUAGAACAGGAGGAACGUAAUGCACCUCUUGAACUUUAUCAUGAUGCAUGUAGUGAAGAACGAGUUAAUAUCUCUUAUGUUGUUGCAAAUGUACCGACUCUGUUUAUUGCAUGGGCUAGUUGGGAUGAAACAUCUAUGAGGUGGUUAAGGGAACAUAUUUUUAACGUUACUAAAGCGGCACAACUAAAAAAUUGUAUACCAUUAACAGUAUCCGCUUUAAAUACUUUAGAUGAUCAUCCAUGGUUACAAACAGUAAUGAAAUUUGUUCAUGUACCUCGACGAAUUGUAGUAAGAAAGAAGGGAAGAAUUGCGAGAAUUCCAAAACGUGCUCAAAUUGUUUUAAUAAAUUUGGAUCGAGAAAAAAAUUCAGCAAUUCAUGCACUUGAUUCCCUUGUCAGUAAUAUUCCAGGUUGGAAAAGUCCUGAAGUAUCUUUACUACCACUAUGGUGUGGUCCUGAUGGUCUUCAAAGUAAUUUUGCAACAGAUUUAAAUAUUUCAACACUUCCUUAUUUUGUAGCAACUCAGUUACCUGAUCCUCAGAAAAGAAGAUUUGGUGAUUGUAAGGGUCCCCGUAUAUGUUUCAUAACUCCUCAAAUAGACAGUGAACCUUCUUUGGAUAUUUCUAUAUCGAAUAACAAUCUUCAUGAAAUGUUUGGAUCUAAUGUGAAACCUGUGGAUUGGCACCUUAUUAACAAAGAAGAAAGAAAACGUGUAAUGGAUAGUAUUUCCUCCUUUAUAGCUUCUAGUGAUGUACCAUUAAGAUUUAAUGCUCGUGUAGAUCGUACAUAUCAACUAUCUCAAGUUUCAUCUGGAUCAUCACCAAAACAUUUAAAAUAUCAAAUGAGUUCCUUUGUGUCUAUGUCAGGUACUAUUUCAACAACUGAUUUAUUAAAAUUAAAGGAUGAGAUACGUUUUCUUUCUCAAGUUAAAAACCUUGAUUUUAAUAUAAAGGUUAUGAGACCGUCUAAUCCUUUAGUGAUCAAACUUAAUCCUGUAACACCAAGUCGUUAUGUUUACCAGAGUACACGAAGUAUUACUUGUAGCGAGUGUCUUAGAGAUAUUUUGAUAGAAAAUGAAGCUUAUUUUAGAUGUCUCCAUUGUGAACAGCUAGAUGGUGUUCUUUGUUUAAGUUGUUUUGCUAAUGAUAAACAUCCACAACACCAUAUCCUACUUCGAGUAGCUGCUGGUCUAUCUACAACUUUAGAACUACUUUGGGGACCAUCAAAUGUUGCCCCAUUAUCUCGUUUCUGUGGAUCUCUUGUAACUAAUGUAAAUGAUAAACAUAUUGGAGUAUAUUGCAAUGUUUGCUCUAAAUUAGUACAGGGCAUCCGUUGGAAGUGUUCAAUGUGUUAUCAAUAUGAUAUGUGUGGCCAGUGCUAUAAAAAAAUCAAUCGUUCUGAGAAUAUUGAUUCUGGAAAAGAUUCUUCUCCAGUGCAUACUCCAAAAGGGGUUUUCACCACACUUAUUCCAUCUAAGACUCAUCCUGCAGAUCAUUUAUUUCUUUGUAUUCGUCAUGGAUGCGGAGCUGACGAUGAUGAAAUUUUAAAACCUGUAAAAGACGAAGAUGCACUGAGGAAUCUCUUCACAGAGUAA